AUGUUGACCACUAAUCGCCCCAAUAUCAAUAUCAGUCACAUGGUGAUUCCUAUGGUUGACUCCAUCAAAAACCUCAGCAACCUCGAUUUUCUCGUAUCUGUUCCAUUUCAUCCACCUAUGUCUUAUCCUCCGAAGUCAAUCAUAUUCAUUGAUCAUAAACUCAGCACGGCAGCUGUAGCAAGAUACCUCAACACUCGUUUACCUGAGGCAGUUCGUCGUGUGUUCAAAUUUCAGCACCUCCAUUCCAGCAUGUCAACGGAGCAUAAUGAAAUGGUGUUCAACGAGUUCCGAAAGUCAAAUGGCCUUAUUCAGGGUGUAGUGGCAACUUCGGGUGCUUCAACUGGUAUCAAUGUUGCUGAUAUACGGCUCGUUAUCCAAUUUGGUAUCACAAUUGACAUUUGCGAACAUGAACAACGUGCUGGACAAGGGGGGCGGAACCGUCGGGCUUGCCUUGUCUUGAUGAUCACAGAAAAGUGGGCAUACAAGAGUCCCGAGAAUGUGCACGUCUCGCACAAAGGAAAGCCCACAGCAAAAGAACGACGUACAGAACCCACUAUGCUUGAGUUCGUGAACACUUCAACAUGUCGCCGACAAUUCUUAGCUGAGUAUAACAACGACACUACAGCUGAAGCUUUUGAGUAUGACAGUCCAUGUUGCUGCGAUCAGCAUCUUGAUUCUACCAACAUCGACUACUUUCUUCCCGGAACAACUUUGCCAUCAAUCGCUCUCAAAGCCAGACUUGAACUGGACACAAGUGGUGUCAAUGCACAAGCCCCGCCAAAGAAGACACAUAAAAGGUAUCGUCCGACGAAGCAGCGCCCAUUGUUGGAAGAACAGCUCAAAGCCUGGCGGACGAACAUCCUUUCCAACGACCCUGCUAUUCAGAGCUGGCCAGACGAGUGGGUUCUAUCUGAUCUGAGCAUAAGCAAGCUCGCACAAGAAGACGAGGCCAUUUUCAAAUCAUCUGCUGAUGUUGUCUCAUUUCUGGAGGAGAGCCGUGAACAGGCCAACUCCUUUGCUGACCAGGUUCAUGAUAUCAUCGACUGCUACAACAGAUCCCUCCCCAGAAAGUCUACACAAACAUCUAGACAACUUGUUACCUCUGGAGCUACUGCCAAUCAGAUGCCAGGGUCUGAGGAUGAUGAGCUAGAGCAGCACCUUCCUGAGACUCAUAUCCCUGCCGACCCUAUUCCAUCUCUGGUCAACACUGCAUACCACUUAUAUGACACUGAUGCAACCCUCGUCAACUCGCACAGCCCUCCAUCAUCUCUGCCUUCCAGCCAGUGCGCAACACCAGAUUUAGAUCUUCCUCUUUCUGCUGCCAUUCACCACUUGCGCUCUGAAUCCACUUUCGAAUCACCAAACCCACAACCAAAGAAAAGAGCUUUGAUAGUAAGAGCUCCCAUCAAGGAGGAGAUCCUUUGCAUGUGGACGUGCAAGUUUUGCUCCAUUGCUUUCGACAUGACCUUUUUGAUGGACGUCAAGCUGUUUGGUGAUUACUUUUUGGAAGUUUAUAUUCUGCUCACAAUUUUUGUCAACACCUACAGCAUGACCAUCACGACCGGAGAUAUUAAUGAGCAUGUUGUCACGCAUGACAUUUCUAGACAACAGGAUCAGUGA